AUGUCGUACAAUCCGCGCAUGAGUACGGUGCGCACCACUUCGCACAAUCAGCGCGCGCCCGCUGCCAACGAGCACGAUGCCUUUAUGACUUUGCCCGACUCUGAAAUAGCAGGUUGCAUUACAGACAUCGGCAUCAACUUCAGCACGGCAGACUUGCAGAAACCGAACCCUCAAAUCAUCCAAAAGGUGUUCGAGUGGCUAGCAGAGCUGCUCAUGAACACAACGCGCGAGGUGGUUUCGCCCGCCAUGCGUGCUGCUGCCGAGGACAUGUGCGGUGGUGAUGCAGAAAGGAUCUUUACGAGCGACACGCGGGACUUGAUGGCCUUCUUCGUCGUCUUGAAGAAGCUCCUGCGCGAGGUGAGAGGGCUAGUGAGGUGCGCUUCGUUCAAUGAGGCGCAUGCGGCACAGGAAGAGGGCCACUUGCAGUGUGGCAUCCACGACUUCACCUUCAACGAUCUGUACAAGCCCACACACGGUCGCCUGGUCAAGAUCUUCUCCUAUAUGAUCAACUUCAUUCGCUUCCGUGAAUCGCAAACAGAGGUCAUCGACGAGCACUUCAACAAGGCCGAACGCACGAAACUUCGAAUCGAGCAGCUGUACAACGACAAGCAAGCGAAAGAGCUGCAGCUUGUCGACCUUGAGCGCAACCGCGCGGCGACUCAGAAGCUCAUGCAAGAGAGAGAAAAGCGGAACAAUGAGCUGAAGAAUAGGCUGCUGGAGCUGAAGAGGGGUCAAGAAGCGGUCGCGGAGAAGCUUGAGCGCGCACGAGCAGAGCAGAACAGGUUGAAGGAACUACUACAACACAAGGUUGAGAACAAAGAGAACGUGCAGCGCGAGGUCUUGAAGCUCAAGCCGUAUACGCAACAGAGCCCAACUGCUUUGGAGGAUUCGCUACGCGAUCUAAACGACCGCCUCACCGUCGACAAGACUCAGAUCGACACAUUGGACCGUCGCGCACGCGCUCUACAGACUUCGACCGAUUCGUUUGGCGUAGUCGCAACUGAUGUCACGUCGUGCACGCGUCUUCUGACAGAUGUUCAAGCCGAUCUAUCGAAAGAGGAGGAGGAGCUAUCCAAGGCAGCAAGGCAUAGAGACGCGCUAGCAGAUCGGAGCAACAACGUUCGCGACGUUGAACGACAAGAGAGGCUUCUCCAGAAACAAUUAGGCAACGUCAAUGCGAGAACAGACAAGCUAAAGACCAAGGCCGACGAGGAAGCAGAGCGUGCUCGUAAACGCAUGGAAGAGCUGCGAGAGACACAUUCAAAGCUGGCAGAAGAAAGGGGCGAGAAGGGUCGCGAGAUGGAGCGGCGGCGAGUCCGCAUUGAGCAAACAGAGAAGAAGAUGGCAGAGCUCAAGGAUAACAUAGAGAAUGAGGUUCAUGCUGCUCAUGAUGAAUAUCUCAAGAUGGAAAGCCACAUCAAGCUGUACAUCACGGAGAUGGAGCAGAGCAUCUAA